UUCAAUAUCGAUACAUCGAUAAAUUCAACGGAACACAACUAUCGAGUUCCAUCGAUUGCCUAAAUCACAGCACAAACACAAAAGAAAAAUAUUUUAUUAUUUGUCAACGAUUGAAAGGGUAGAGUGUGCCACGUUUAAUACAACAAUAAAAUUAAUCGUCUUCAAGCUGUUUAAUUUACCGCAAGUCUAUAAGCAUACUACGGCAGACUCGAGCCGUCCAAGCAGCAGCAACAGCACAAACAGCAGGAUGACAGUGCAUGAAUUCAAAGUGGAAAUGUCGUGUGGUGGAUGUGCCAGCGCCGUGGAAAAGUGUUUAGCCAAAUUAGGUGAUAAGGUGGAAAAAGUGAACAUAAAUUUGGAGACGAAGACGGUAAGCGUUACGUCCAACUUACCGUCCGAGGAACUGUUAGCACAGCUGCGCAAGAGCGGCAAAACGGUGUCAUAUGUUGGUGUGAAGAAAUGAGAUGAGUUUCUCAGCAAGUUUCAGAAAUACGGCAAACUGAAACUUGAAGUCUAAUAAUUAAUGGAACUCUGAAUGGAUUUCGUGAUUGCCUUGCUUUGCCUGACGAUGUCAUCGAUGUCACUAUGUGAGAAACAGCCACAACAAAACAUUAAAAGAAAACAGCGUGAUGCACACGUUCGACGAGAUGAAAUCUUACAAACAAAAUAUACAUUACAGUGAUUAGAAGGAUAAACAAACAUGAUAUAGGCAUAGGCAGCUUAUCUACAAAGUUUGCUUAUGGAUUUGCUUUAACUCCAAAUUUUAAGUAGUUGAAAUUCUCGUAUCUCAAGAUAGUAUUUGUAUUAGAAGAGUUGUACUCCAAUAGAUCCAGAAUUUAAAAUUCAAAUUUUUACAAUUAAGUAGAAGAUGCGAUAAUUGAAUUAUAUACAUAUAUAUA